AUAGCAUCCGGCUGGCGGCUGCGGCGCCGACAUGCGCCCGCUGCUCGGCCUCCUCCUGGUCUUCGCCUCCUGCACCUUCGCCCUGUACUUGCUGUCGACGCGGCUGCCGCGCACGCCGAGCCGGGGCUACGCGGAGGAGGCGGAAGGCAGGUCACUGUGGUUCCCUUCUGACCUGGCUGAGCUGCGGGAGCUCUCUGAGGUUCUUCGCGAGUACCGGAAGGAACACCAGGUCUACGUGUUCCUGCUCUUCUGCAGCGCCUACCUCUAUAAGCAGGCCUUUGCCAUCCCUGGCUCCAGCUUCCUGAAUGUGUUAGCUGGUGCCUUGUUUGGACCAUGGCUGGGCCUCUUGCUAUGCUGUGUGUUGACCUCAGUGGGUGCCACAUGCUGCUACCUGCUCUCCAGCAUUUUUGGCAAACAGCUGGUGGUCUCCUACUUCCCUGAUAAAGUGGCCCUGCUGCAGAGGAAGGUAGAAGAAAACCGAAACAGCUUGUUUUUUUUCUUGCUGUUUUUGAGACUUUUCCCCAUGACGCCAAACUGGUUCUUGAACCUCUCGGCCCCAAUUCUGAACAUCCCUAUUGUGCAGUUCUUCCUCUCGGUUCUUAUGGGUUUGAUCCCAUACAAUUUCAUCUGUGUGCAGACAGGCUCUAUCCUGUCAACCUUAACCUCCCUGGAUGCGCUCUUCUCCUGGGAAACAGUCUUUAAGCUGCUGGCCAUUGCCUUGGUAGCCUUGGUUCCCGGAACCCUCAUCAAAAGAUUUAGCCAGAAACACCUGCAAUUGAAUGAAGCAAGCAGUGCUAAUCAUAUAAAUAAUAGAAAAGUCACGUGAUCGGGGUUUUCUGCCUGCCUUGUACUUGGACUCUAAGGCACGUUUGUAGAAUGGGUGCACUUGUCUACAGCCCCUCAUUGUUCCAUCAGUCAUCCUCCAUAGGUAGUUUGGACACUGUUCAUCUGUGUGCAGUGACUCAUCAUGGCAGUCUACCCUGGAUGAUGGAUUGUAUCAGGUUCUGGAAGCAGCCCUGGGUUAGCAGGACACUGCAAAAUGGAUAGCCUCCUAGAAAUCCUGUUUCUGUGGGGUUUUGACCAGCUAAGAACUCACAAGUGUUUCCUGCCUACCUUUGAGCUGCCUUGGGAGAAACUUCUGAUUGUCCAGGCUGCCUGUUUUGCCAAGUGACAGGCAGCAGUGACAGGUUCUGUUAAGCCCGGUGGAUGCUGUUGGCUUCAGUAAUGACACAUGGCUCACACCACUGACAGUGCUCAACGUCUUCUGUUAGUCUCUGACAGAAUGUUUCUUUUGUCCUUUUUUGUUGAUGAUCUACCUCUUCCAUAAGCCAAGGGAAAUAAGCUGAGGAGCUGCCUAGGGCUUCCCACGCUAGUGCACAAUGGUUUCCCUGAUGCUCCUGUGUUCAGAUGCACUGAUGUCACUGUGUAUGUCAAAUCUUAUGGUUGCAUGUUCUGACAAUUAAGCAGAAUACCAACAGACUAUUAAAUAUGAAUGGAACAAAUGCUA